AUGUCGCUGACAAAGAUGUUAAAUAGCACUAGUCCCAGAGGUCCAAACAUAUGGGCCAUCACCUCUGAAGAGCGGGCCAAGCAUGACAAGCAGUUUGAUAGUCUUAAACCCAUGGGAGGCUACAUUACAGGUGAUCAAGCACGUACCUUUUUUUUGCAGUCAGGUCUACCAGCUUCUAUCCUUGCUGAAAUAUGGACACUCUCAGACCUGAACAAGGAUGGAAAAAUGGAUCAACAGGAGUUUUCUAUAGCCAUGAAACUCAUCAAGCUGAAAUUACAAGGACAGAACUUGCCUGCGAUUCUCCCUCCUGUCAUGAAACAAACUCCAGUUUUUUCACCACUAAUGUCAGCUCGCUUUGGAAUGGGUAGUAUGCCAAAUCUGUCCAUGCCAACAUCAGUGUCUACAAUCACACCAUUAGCUCCCAUGUCUCUGACCUCCAUGACUUCCAUUCCUCCUUUGGUUAUCCCUGCUCCCCUGGUGCCUUCUGUCAGUACCUCCUCCUUGCCAAAUGGAACGUCCAGCCUUCUGCAGCCUUUGUCCGUAACUUUCUCUUCAACGCUGCCUCAUACUGGUUCUUUAGGUCCCAUGGCAGGAGGGUUUGGUGGUACUAGCAUCCAGAAGGCACAGUCACUAAUCGAUUUAGGAUCUAGCAGUUCAAAUUCUUCCUCUAGUGCUUCACUAGCUGGAAAUUCACCAAAGAUUGCAUCUUCAGACUGGGCAGUUCCUCAGGCCUCCAGAUUAAAAUAUAGACAGAAAUUUAACAGUCUUGAUAAAAGUAUGAGUGGAUAUUUAUCAGGAUUUCAAGCAAGGAAUGCACUUCUGCAAUCAAACCUUUCACAGACUCAGCUGGCUACUAUUUGGUCACUAGCUGAUAUUGAUGGAGAUGGGCAGCUGAAAGCUGACGAGUUUGUGUUAGCCAUGCACCUAACUGAUAUGGCCAAAGCUGGACAACCUCUACCACUAACUCUGCCUCUUGAACUGGUUCCACCUUCUUUCAGGAGUGGAAAAUAUACUGAGAAUAUAAAUGGAACUCUGCCAUCUUACCUGCCUGUGCAAGAGGAGGAGCCACAGAAAAAGCAGCCAGUGACAUUUGAGGACAAAAGGAAAGCCAACUAUGAGAGGGGAAACAUGGAGCUGGAAAAACGCCGUCAGGUCCUGUUGGAGCAGCAGCAGAGAGAGGCUGAACGCAAGGCUCAGAAAGAGAGAGAAGAACGAGAGCGAAAAGAGAGGGAACGGCAGGAACAGGAACGGAAGAAACAGCUGGAACUGGAGAGGCAGCUGGAGAGACAGCGAGAGCUGGAAAGGCAAAGGGAAGAGGAACGGAGGAAAGAAAUAGAAAGGCGGGAGGCAGCAAAGCAAGAGCUCGAGCGCCAGCGACGACUGGAAUGGGAGAGGAUUCGUCGCCAAGAACUUCUUAAUCAACGUAACAGGGAACAAGAAGAAAUUGUAAAGUUGACCUCUAAAAAGAAGAGCCUUAAUCUCGAGUUAGAAGCUCUGACGGACAGACACCAGCAAAUCUCAGGCAGAUUGCAAGAUAUUCGAAGCAAAAACCAAAUUCAGAAAACUGAGCUGGAGGCAUUAGAUAAGAAAUAUGACCAAGGAAUUAUGGAGGUCAAGCAACUACAACAACAGCUUCAGGAAUAUCAGAAUAAACUAAUCUGUUUAGUUCCUGAAAGACAAUUGUUAAGUGAAAGAAUUAAAAACGGUCAACUUGAAAACACUCAGAAUACAGGAAUCAGUUCCGUGCACAAGAAGUCCCUUGAAAAGGAAGAAAUAUGCCAAAGACUUAGGGAACAACUAGAUGCCCUGGAGAAAGAAACUGCUUCUAAACUUGCUGAAAUGGAUGCAUUCAACAGCCAGCUUAAGUGUGAGAAUAUGGAUGAUUCUGUUCUUCAGUGCCUUUUGUCUCUGCUAAGCUGUCUCAACAACCUCUUCCUCUUACUUAAGGACCUGCGAGAAAGUUACAGCACACAGCAGUUGGCCUUGGAGCAGCUCCACAGGAUUAAACAGGACAAAGUAAGAGAGGUAGAAAGAAGAAGAGCUGAACUUGCACAGAAAAAGCGACUGGAAGAUGAGGCUGCAAGAAAAGCAAAACGGGAGAAGGAAAACCGAUGGCAGGAAAACAUCCGAAGGGAAGAGGAAGAGAAAAAGAAGCGACUGGAGGAAGAACGAAUGGAGGAAAAAGUCCAAGAAAAGCUGAAAGCUGAAGAAGCAUUUGCUCUGAUGAGAGAAAGUGAGAAUAAACAGCUCCGUACAGAGGAGGAGAAGAAUAGGCAAGCCAUGAUCUUGAAGGAAGCAGAACAGCAAAGGCAAAGGCAACUGGAAGAAGACAGAAGAAGGCAAGAACAAAUUGCAAAAGAAGCUGAGGAGAGGCGUAAGCAGAACGAGGAGAUGAGGAAGAGAAAAGAAGUGACCAACUCUCAAGAGGUGGAGAAACGCACUUCUAAAUUAAACAUAAAUGAGAAAUUUGCAGAUCUGUUGAAAGCAACAGAGGGGAAAAGCCUUAAACCACCCUGGAAAAAUGAAGGCAAUGCAGUUGGUGUCUCAGAGCCUAGGAGUUCAGUUGCCUUGGUAAAUUACAGAGCAUUAUAUCCAUUUGAAGCAAGAAAUCACGAUGAGAUGAGCUUUAAUACUGGGGAUAUAAUUCAGGUUGAUGAAAAAACGGCAGGAGAGCCUGGCUGGCUUUAUGGGAGUUUUCAAGGACAGUUUGGUUGGUUUCCAUGCAAUUAUGUAGAAAAAUUACCAGAUGGAGAAAAAUCUUUAUCUCCUAAGAAAGCCUUACUUCCCCCUACGGUGUCAUUAUCUACUACCUCAGCUGCUUCAGAACCACUUUCACCAGGUAAAUCUGCAGAAGAAUCUGAUUACCAAAACAUAGCUUUUUCUAGCCUGAAUGUUAAUACAGCAUGGCAACAGAAAUCAGCUUUUACUCGCACUGUGUCCCCUGGAUCUGUUUCACCCAUUCAUGGACAGGGACAGCCUGUUGAGAACUUAAAAGCACAAGCACUUUGCUCUUGGACUGCAAAAAAAGAUAACCACUUGAAUUUUUCAAAGAAUGAUAUCAUUACUGUCCUGGAGCAGCAGGAAAACUGGUGGUUUGGGGAGGUACAUGGAGGAAGGGGUUGGUUUCCAAAGUCGUAUGUAAAACUCUUACCUGGGAGUGAAAUGAAGAAAGAGGAACCAGAAGCUAUUUAUGCAGCUGUAAACAAAAAGCCUAAUACACAGUCUUACACAGCAGCAGAGGAGUAUGUUGCACUCUAUUCAUAUUCAAGCUCUGAGCCUGGUGACUUGACUUUCACGGAAGGUGAGGAAAUCCUAGUGACCCAAAAGGAAGGGGAAUGGUGGACUGGGAGCAUUGAUGGCAGAACUGGAAUCUUCCCCUCCAAUUAUGUCAGACCAAAGGAUCAAGAAGUUUCUAGUAAUGCUGGCAAAACUGGAACAAUAAAUAAGAAACCUGAAAUUGCUCAGGUUACUACUGCUUAUGCUGCAUCAGGAACUGAACAGCUCAGUCUUGCUCCAGGACAGCUAAUACUUAUUCUGAAGAAAAAUGCUAGUGGAUGGUGGCAAGGAGAGUUGCAGGCAAGAGGGAAAAAGAGACAGAAAGGAUGGUUCCCUGCCAGCCAUGUGAAAUUGCUGGGUCCAAGCAGUGAAAGAACCACAUCUGCUGCUCCCUCAGUGUGCCAGGUGAUAGCCAUGUACGAUUACCUGGCCAACAAUGAGGAUGAGCUCAGUUUCUCCAAGGGGCAGCUUAUCAAUGUCUUGAACAAAGAUGAUGCUGACUGGUGGCAAGGAGAAAUCGGAGGUGUCACAGGUCUCUUCCCCUCCAAUUAUGUGAAGAUGACCACGGAUUCUGAUCCAAGUCAGCAGUGGUGUGCUGAUCUCCAGAGCCUGGACACCAUGCAGCCAAUGGAGAGGAAAAGGCAGGGCUACAUCCACGAACUCAUUCAGACGGAAGAAAGGUACAUGGACGAUCUGCAGCUUGUCUUAGAGGUUUUCCAAAAACCAAUGGCUGAUUCUGGUUGUCUCACAGAAGGAGAGAUGGGGCUGAUCUUUGUUAACUGGAAGGAACUCAUCAUGUCAAAUACAAAGUUACUGAAAGCCUUGCGAGUGCGUAAGAAAACAGGAGGAGAAAAAAUGCCAGUGCAGAUGAUUGGAGACAUCUUGGCAGCAGAGCUCUCCCACAUGCAGGCCUACAUUCGGUUCUGCAGCUGCCAGCUUAACGGAGCUUCGUUGCUGCAGCAGAAAACUGAUGAAGAUGCUGAUUUCAAAGACUACUUAAAGAAACUUGCCCUGGACCCUCGCUGCAAAGGAAUGCCCCUCUCCAGUUUCCUCCUGAAGCCCAUGCAGAGGAUAACCCGCUACCCCCUGCUCAUAAAGAGUAUUCUAGAGAACACCCCAGAGAGCCACCCCGACCACAGCACCCUGAGGCUGGCCCUGGAGCGCGCCGAGGAGCUCUGCUCUCAGGUGAACGAAGGGGUGCGCGAGAAGGAGAACUCGGACAGGCUGGAAUGGAUUCAGUCCCAUGUCCAGUGCGAGGGUCUUUCUGAGCAACCGGUGUUCAACUCCCUCACAAACUGCUUGGGACCACGGAAGCUGCUGCACAGUGGCAAGCUCUACAAGGCCAAGAGCAGUAAGGAGCUGUAUGGCUUCCUUUUCAAUGACUUCCUCCUGCUCACCUACAUGGUUAAACAGUUUGUCUCUUCUGGCUCUGAUAAACUGUUCAGCCCCAAAUCCAACUCCCAGUUCAAAAUGUACAAAAUGCCUGUUUUCCUCAAUGAAGUCCUAGUGAAGCUGCCCACAGACCCUUCAAGUGAUGAGCCAGUUUUCCACAUAUCACACAUUGACAGAGUUUACACACUUAAAACUGACAACAUUAAUGAGCGCACUGCCUGGGUCCAGAAAAUCAAAGCAGCAUCAGAGCAGUACAUUGACACUGAGAAGAAGAAACGUGAAAAGGCUUAUCAAGCUCGCUCCCAGAAGACCUCAGGAAUAGGACGCCUGAUGGUGCACGUGAUUGAAGCCACAGAGCUGAAGGCCUGUAAGCCCAAUGGGAAGAGCAACCCUUACUGUGAAAUCAGCAUGGGCUCUCAGAGCUACACUACCAGGACCAUGCAGGACACCUUGAACCCCAAGUGGAACUUCAACUGCCAGUUCUUCAUUAAGGAUCUGUACCAGGAUGUCCUGUGUAUCACCAUGUUUGACAGAGAUCAGUUCUCACCCGAUGAUUUUUUGGGUCGCACUGAAGUCCCAGUAGCAAAAAUCAGAACAGAACAAGAAAGCAAAGGCCCCACAACUAAACACUUGCUGCUGCAUGAAGUUCCAACAGGUGAAGUCUGGGUCCGUUUUGACCUGCAGCUCUUUGAUCAGAAACCACUCCUCUAA